AUGGCACCAAAGAAGAACACUACUACUAUUACCAACGAAAGUACUACCGAAAACGUUUCUUUUACUCAAACUCCACCCACUGUUCCUCGGAAAAGAAGAACCAGAAGCAUUACAAGAAAAACCGCUCAGGAGCAGCUUACCGCCGUAAAGCCUACUCCUGAAGUCUCUGCUCCCGAAGUACCUACUCCCGUUGCUAUUGAGAGAAGUAGAAACAGAAGUAUCACGAAAAACGAUGCUGUUCAUAUAACGUUCGUCGAUAUGGAACUAUCAACUACCGUUGAUACUGGAAAGGGUAAAUUUAAAAGAAGAAAAACCACAAAAGGCACCGAAGUUAAACAAAAAACACCGGAUGCUAUCAACAAAAUAACUGGUCAAUCAAUUUCAAGUAUUACUGAAGAAGCAAGAGAGAUAAAGUUCAUAAGAAACAAUGAUGAUGUAAGUGAAACGUCGGGUACGAUUGAACCACAACCCGAUCAAUCAAUCUACAAUAUCAUUACUACUGAAAGAAUCAUUGAUGCUGAACAAAGUUUGCCAGCUUCCGCUAUCAACCAAUCAACAUAUCAACCGGUUAUAAAGACUAUCACUCCUACAGCUACGACUGGAAGAAGCAAAGGCAGAAAGACUGCAAGAAACACUGAUACUGAAUAUAAACCGCCAGAUGCUAUCGAACCACCAGUAGAUCAUCCAAUUACAAGUUCCGGUAAAAACAAAGGUAAAAAAGCUGUCGUACGAUCAGCGAUUUCCAUUUUUACCGAUCAACCAACUCCAAUUAAGGUCGCUACUAAAAAAAUCAGAAGCAUUAAGCCAGCUAUCGAACAAACUGGAAAAGUUUUAAAAUCGCUUCGAAGCAGAAAACCUGCACGUAACGUGAAUCAGGCAACGACUUUUGAUGAACAAUCCAUUGCGGUUUCUUCUACUACUCAAGAAAUUUACGCUGGAGAUAAAGAGAGGGAUGUUGUUGCUGAUCAAACAAUUACUGCCGCAGUACGAGAAAAUCCUGUUAUCACUAAUCAUCAGGCUGCCGCAAACACUUCUACAUUUAAGAUUUAUACUAGAGGAAAGUACAUUGCUGAUCAAACGAUUACCGAAAUCAUUGGUGCCGCUUUUCUAGAUGAUAUUCGAGAAAAUACUGUUAUCACUAAUUUCGACCAAUCUUUCGCCAGCACUUCUAGAAUCGAUUCUAGAGAAAAGAAUGUGGCUGAUCAAACGAUUACCGCCGAUACUCAAAAAAAUACUGUUAUCACUAAUACCGCCAAAGUAACCAGUACUCCUCGAUUAACUAGAAAAUUUUCACAACCCAUUAGAGCUCGUUCCGCUCGUCUCGCGGUGAAAGCUGAAAUUAAAGAACGAGAGGAACGAGAGAGACUGGCGAGAGUAGAGCUCAUGCAACAAGAACAACCGGAACAACCGUCAGAAGAAGCCCACACAGUAAAGCGCAAGGGCGAGAAAGGAGUAGCCACUGUAGCAACAGGUUCUUUGGAUGAAAUGCUUGUAAACAAGAGAACUCGCCAUGAACCUGAAAGAAAUAUAACACCAGCACAAGAUGAUGACAUUGAGCAAGCAAAUAUUAAAUAUAGCCGAGGACGAUCUAAAUUCGAGAGAGAAGUUCCUACUACUAAUCAGCAAACUGGAAAUGAAUUUUCGAAUGCUCGUCACAACAUGAGAUGUGUGCCUCCUCUCGUGGCGGAUCCAACGCCGCGUAAUAUAUCGCCAUAUCACUGGUACUUGGCCCAAUCAUCGUGGCAAAAUAAUUCAAAGAUUUAA